AUGAAACAUGAUCCCAUUUUACAGGUAUUACCUGAUCAGAAAUCAAAGCUGGUGAUAACCUCGCGUAGAUAUGAUAGUAUUAACGGAAUCCAAGAGAAUCCCAGUGAAGAUUGUCAUAGAAACAAAGAGUUUUGGAUAAUUCUGAAGGCAUCCUUACCUCUCGUUACCACUUUCUUCCUCCAAUUUUCCUUAACUUUGGUUUCUAUCUUCUCGGUAGGGCACAUUGGCAAAGAUGAACUGGCGGCAGUCUCGCUGGCGAUCAUGACGUUUAACGUCAGCGUAUCCAUAUUCAACGGAAUGGCAACUUGUCUCGACACGCUGUGCGCGCAAGCAUAUGGAGCCAAGCGGUAUGAUCUGGUAGGCAUCUACUUCCAAAAAUGCACUUGCAUGAUUCUCGCUGCGUACAUUCCCAUGGCUUUCAUAUGGUGUUUCUCUUCUCACCUCUUCGCUCUCAUUGUUCCGGAUAGGAAAUUAGCCGUCUUAGCAGAAAAGUUCCUGCGAGGCAUGUCAUUAGGUGCUCCUGGCUAUAUCUUCUUCGAAACGGGAAAGCGGUUCUUGCAAGCCCAGGGUAUUUUUGUUGCUGGGCAGUACUGCCUGUUCAUAGCUGCACCAAUAAACCUGCUUUUGAAUUAUUUACUGGUGUGGAAUAAGCAUUUCGGUAUUGGGUUGUACGGAGCACCAUUGUCGACCUCUAUUUCUUAUUGGCUAAUGAGCCUACUGUUACUCUGUUACGUUCGAUUCAUCGAUGGCAAAAAAUGUUGGGAUGGAAUCAAUCUGCAAGAAGCAUUGAGAGGAUGGGGAACCAUGUUCAAUUUGGCUCUUAAUGGAACGGCUAUGAUGCUCUCGGAGUUCGUUGCUUUUGAAAUUUUAACCUUAUCCGUUUCCAGAUUGGGAACGGCUUCUUUGGCAGCACAAUCUAUUACAUCCUCGCUAGCAACUUUAUUAUUUCAAAUCCCAUUUGGUAUUUCUGUUGCUGCUUCGACGAGAAUUGCGUAUCAUGUGGGUGCAGGAUCCAUAAAUAUGGCUAAAAUGGCAAGUCGAAUUACUCUCAAUUUGGCUCUAGUUGUGGGAGUUCUGAGUUUUUUGGUUGUUUUUAUUUUCAGAGCUAACAUAGUUCGCAUUUUCACUACUGACCAAGAGGUUGUGAAGUACGCCACUGUUUCUGUCGGAAUUUUGGGUAUCAACCAACUGUUCGACUGCUCAAAUGUUUUACUAGCAGGCUGCCUUCGGGGGCAGGGGCGUCAGCAUAUUGGCAGCGCUCUGAAUAUAUUCGUGUAUUACGUUAUAGCUGUACCGCUGGCGCUGCACUUGGCUUUCAAAACAGGGCUAGGUCUGAAGGGUCUAUGGAUAGGUAUUGGAAUUGGUGUUUCAAUUCUCGCCAUAAGUGAGGGUUAUUUCGUGCUAUUCAGGUCCAAUUGGCCUGCGAUUUUGCAAUCAGCGCAGAAAAGGAAUUCGCUAGGUUCAUAA